CGGAGGUUUCGUUUGGGGUGGUCACGAGCAUUUCUUCCGCAGAGGAUGAAGAGCAGUUGAUGGAAGAAGUGCGCGAGGUGUUCACAGCAAGUUGUGAGGAUCAUUGCCAUCCUAGGGGACGCCAUGUCGUUCAUGAAGGGAGACUUGCUCUCGAAGACGCGGAAGCUGAUGAAGGGCGGAAUUAUUGCCAGGCCUCGCUGGUUCGAUGCUGUCAUGAGGUGCCCGUCCACGACGAACUUGACCGAUGCCAUUAGGGUUUAUGUGCCGAGAGUUUAAAACACUGCGCCCAGGCUUCCUUCGUUUUUUUUGUAGUUUUUUUUGUUAUGGAUUUUUGGUUUUUAUUUUAAAUUUUAUUUUCCUCUCAUUCCAGAGUGCACAUACGUAGCGUGAGAAUUUUGCCGGAACUGUUUGUCCAUGUUAGGCAUUGGGCCGCGGCUACUUUUGCCUUUGAGCACGGGUUAGGGCUCUAGGUCGUUGAAUAGCAAAAGGUUACAUUGAUCCGAUUUUUGCUAAAGAUUGAGUCGUAAAUUAGUGAUCAUGUAGUAGGUUUGUUUAAUUUUAUUUUUUUACUGACAAGGGUUUAGGGUUUAUGGACUUGUUUGCUUCAUAUUCUCAUAUCGGAUUGCACGGUUUAGGGUGUUGCAGCUUUGGUGUUUGGGCCAUCAAUUGUCAGAGAAUUGACAUUUCUUUCGUUGUUGAGGAGUUUAGGGUUUAGUAACAAAGGUCUGAGUGAGAAUAGCAAGCAGCUCUUUUGCUCGUUUGUCGUGAGGGUACAAUAUGUAUUGUAGAAUACCACCUGAGCCGAAGAAGACCCGAUGCAAGAAGGCACCCAAAAUUGUGCUACCUGAAGAUAGGCUGGUGGAGUCUUACUAUGCGCGCCAUCCUGAGGCGAAGUUCAUACCGUUUGAGUUGAACAGUUUCGAUCCUCCCCCUGCUCGCAAGUUUGCAUGGCGCCAACUUGAGCUGAUGAAUCAGGGCCAUCCGCGCGAUAUUGCUCGAGACAUGGUUGAGGUAGAGUUUGCUGAAGCUGAAAAGGCAGCAGAGGAGGCUUUCAGGGCAGAGCGACGCAGGGCUGUCAUGGAAGGACGGGAACCGCCAGCUUUGAAGAAAAGCAAGAUCGAAGAGAUUCAGGAAGAGGAGUGGGAGUAUUUGUCUCAGGGUCUUGCAGCAAUAGGCAGCCAGGGAAGAAAGGCUGGGGAAAAGCUACCCGGCUCAGAACGCCCGGCUAGGGUCAGCAGCUUUUCUUAGCUCUAUUCAUCCAUUCUAACAUUCUCCUAUCUUUUUCUUUUUACACCAAGUCCUUUACAUCAGCCCAUUUAGACACCUUGAGGCUCUAGACCAUUCUUUUGAAUGUGGAGAAGUGAACAUACUCGAAAAGGUAAUAAGAGCAGAUUUCUUGGUUGGAAGAUCACCAAGUCAAUUAGCAAAUGAUUUUGUUGAAGUUCUGUGCAGUCUCAAAGUUCUUUUUAUCUUGAGGGAUAGCGUUGUCCUUGUUAUACAGAGUGCUAAGUCCAUUUCAACGCAUUCACGAAUUCCAAAAUUACUCUUUCUCAGUAGACUCUGCAUAAUAGCAACUUGAACACAGAUAGGUUGUGGUAACAGUCGACUUUUCGCAAAUCUAGUGCAGUUGAAAGAGAUAGAACAUGGUGUGCUUUGAAAUGUAAAAUUCUGCUAUUAUGUGAAUUGGAUUGCUUUGUGGACUUGUGCCAAUUUAUGUCCCAAAGCACGAGUUACCUUGUUUA